CUCUCAAAGUCAGACAAACAGGGUCUGAGGAGCUCUCUGCGUGGCCCUGACAUUAACUAAAAGUGGAAGGUUGUGUGUCACUUCUCUUCAGCUGGUGAUGAGUGGGUCCCAACAAGAGUGAACUUGUUUUUUUUUACAUGGUAACAAUCAUGUGGAGGAUUGAAUUUACAAUCUGCUCACAGGAUUAACUUUGCAACUUUUUCUUUAUGGACGUUUUAUAAUUUCUUUCAGCUUGAAUUAUGCCUUUGUGCUGGAGUAGAAGCUACUGGUUUCCAGUGGCGUUUGCUGCUGCACUGGUUGCUCUCACUGUUGCUAAUGCUGGACCCAAACAGGACAGGAGGCAGGCCGGAUCUUCAUCAUGCUUUGGUGGCUUUGAUCUCUACUUUGUUUUGGAUAAAUCGGGGAGUGUGGACAAUCACUGGACCGAAAUCUACAACUUUGUUGAACAACUAGCUCAUAAAUUCAUUAGUCCACAGUUGCGGAUGUCCUUCAUUGUGUUCUCCACUGAGGGAACGAUCUUAAUGAGCCUGACAGAAGACAGGGAAUGCAUUCGGAGAGGUCUUGAGGAGCUGCACAGGGUCCAUCCAGGGGGAGACACCUUCAUGCAUGAGGGCCUCCAGAGGGCCAGUGAGCAGAUAUACUAUGCAAACACUGACGGUUAUCGUACCGCCAGUGUAAUCAUAGCUCUGACGGAUGGAGAGCUGCACGAGGAUCUUUUCUACUACGCUGAGAGAGAGGCAAACCGCUCCCGCACUCUGGGUGCCUCUGUUUACUGUGUGGGGGUGAAGGACUUCAACGAGACACAGCUGGCAAAGAUAGCUGAUAGCAAGGACCAUGUCUUCCCCGUGAAUGAUGGAUUUGAGGCUUUGCAAGGGGUCAUCGACUCGAUCCUAAAGAAAUCCUGCAUUGAGAUCCUGGCGGCAGAGCCCUCUGUUAUCUGUGCAGGAGAGUCUUUCCAGGUGGUGGUGCGAGGAAAUGGAUUCCUCCACGCCCGCAACGUCGAUAAGGUCCGGUGCAGCUUCCGCAUCAACGAGACCCUCACCAAGACGGAAAAGCCUUUGAUUGUUGAAGAUACGUAUCUUAUCUGCCCUGCACCUGUACUUCAAGAGGAGGGGAUGACAGCAAACCUUUACGUCAGCAUGAAUGAAGGUCUCAGUUUCAUAUCCAGUUCAGUUACCAUUUCAACUGUGGGCUGUUCUGAUGGAACCAUCCUGGCCGUUGCUCUGCUCAUACUGAUGCUGCUCCUGGUCCUGGCUUUCCUCUGGUGGUUCUGGCCUCUCUGCUGUACUGUGAUCAUCCACGAAGCCCCACCAGCCGCUCUGGAGGAGAGUUCGGAUGAUGAAGACUUCGACGCCCCAAAGAAGAAAUGGCCGACUGUAGAUGCGUCCUACUAUGGAGGGAGGGGAGUUGGGGGAAUCAAAAGGAUGGAGGUCCGCUGGGGGGAGAAAGGCUCCACCGAAGAAGGAGCAAAACUGGAAAAGGCCAAAAAUGCAAAGGUGAAGAUGCCUGCACAGGAGUACGAGGAGGCCCCCACACGCAUGCUCAACAACGGCAUGCGCAAACCCUUGGGGCCCCGCAAGUGGUACUCGCCCAUCAAGAGCAAACUGGAUCUAUUGUGGGUACUUCUAAGAAAAGGCUACAACCGUGUGUCUGUAAUGAGACCUCAUCCGGGUGACAAGGGCAGAUGUAUGAACUUCACCCACAUGAAGUCUCCGUCGCCUCAUCACCCGCGCUACAACCAUCACCUAUCUCCCAUCUACAACCCACCCAGCAGGACCCCGCCUACGCCGCAAGGCACGCUCCCCCCCAGCCCCAGCAGCCCUCCAUCAUCUCCAACGCCUCCUUCCACCUCCACCGCUGCCCCCCCUCCCACCUCCCCUUCCCGUUACACGCCGCCUCCCACCUUCUCCCCUCUUCCGCCCGCCCUUCAGAUGUCCGACCCCCCAAUGCUUCCUCCCGCACCUCCACCCUCUUCCUCCCCGACUGGUUCCCUGCCUCCUCUUCCACAGGGGCCUCCUCCGGGACGAGCCCCUCCACCCGCCCGCCCACCUCCUCGCCCUGGCCUGUAGAGCCCCGCGAGCAUACGGGACGCGGUUUAACAGAAUUUUUUAAAAAAGGCGACUCAAGAACCCCACCCACAAUCAGCACAUGACCACCUUUGGUUGUGCCUGUGAGGACCUGCGAGCGCCACUCAGCCACUCAGCGGGCUGCGACCGCUGAGGACUUUUGUUUUCAAGGACUUUGUCUACUGUGACUUCCUCCACAUAUUUAGCCAAACAAUGCAAUUGCUCGGAUGCACGUAUUACACCAGCAUGCCUUACAAAUGAGGUGAGGUCAGGACGGCUUGAAAUUAUUUUCCUCCUUGGUCCUCAGAGCUGCUUCAGGCCUCGUGGUCCCUUCCAUGCGUCCACAAGAUUAGACAAAUCCUGACCUGCUUGAACGAACGCCUCUUCAAAAGGAGUAUGACGCUCACGGCACUAAAAUAUGGGCCUAUGUUACAUUUCCUGUUAGAGAUAAGACUCAUUUCGCAAAUGUUCAACAUGAAGCAGAUUCAGGAGUUUAAAAGAAUCUGAUAAUCCAAAUGUUUGGUUUUCUUAAAUGUUAACUAAUUGUUGAUGUUUUUGUAACGUUUCUGUGUUACAUUCACUUUUUUUACAACAUAAAUGCAUUUUGUAUUCAUACUUUGUCUUACCUCAAAAACUGAUAAUGGGGUUUUCUCAACAGUCAUUAGUGAUAAACACAUUUACACAAAAGGCACAAAGUGAAACACCAACAUAUACAAACUAGUUCCAUGGGUUAAAAAUGCAAAGUCGCUUUGGAUAAAUUACAUGUAAUGUUCUUUAACCAGCAUCAGCUGGUCAAAUUCUUUGUGCACAUCAGAGUAAACAAUGUUUUUUCGACCUAUAACUUUAACUGACCCGAGCAAGAUGACUGAAAUUGCUGCAUAGACUGAGUCUAUCAACGUGGACACCAAUAUGUCUGUCAGGGAAAAGCUUUGCACAUCAUCUUACUCACCCACCCACGACCUCUAGCAAAGGGGUUUUGUGUAAAUAAUAAUUUGAUAUAGUCAUAAGUGUUCAGAUUUCUGUGGGUGUGUGUUUGCCAAAAAGUGGUAGGCAGCCCGUUUACUCAACUUUAACAAAACGAUCAGGCUUUUUUGCACAAAGUGCUUCCAGUUCUUGAAAGACUGGAACCUAAUAAAAGUGUGACGUUUCAUGGGUCAUAGGUAGUUGGUUAGAUGGAAUUACGGUUAUUAUGAAAAUGUUCUUUGAUGAUCAGGAGUCUGAGAAGAAUGCAGUGCAGAUUGUAAAGCCACCACUUCACUCGAAGAUUCUUAUAUAACUGAAAAGACGGUGUGUAACUUUCCACUAAUACAGUAUGUAUUGUUAACACAUUUGUUGGUUUCACUCAAAAUAAAGUAAAUAAUCAGUGUA